AUGAAACAUGAUCCCUUCGGUCUAUCAGAUGUUUCUGUGCUGAAGUUUUACAACCUAAAAGAUGCAGAUCCGAGCACUUCCUGGAAAGAGGCGUCUAUCUUGAAGCGAGAUUUACCUACUCGGGAGAAAGAUGGCUCUUUAUCAUCAUCAUACGCGAUACUCAGCGAGCUUUUGAGCCAAGAAAACGCUUUUGAAGCAAAUGCUACGAACAAAAUUGAGACGAAAGACCUAAGAGAUCCACUCGAGUCUCAAAAUCGUCUAGUUACCUUGCUAGAUAACAGGCAGAUUGCCGAAAGCGAAAGGAACAAAUACUAUAUCAAUGACAAAAAAUUCCAUUCCAAGCUGUUCCUCAAAAAUCUCCAUAGCGAUGACAGCUUUGAAGCUUUAUCGAGUUCAUUGGAUCACCUGGAUAGAUCUUUAAAAGACCAAAGUGAUCAAUUAAGGGAGCUCGUUCAGUUUAACUUCGCUAAGUACGUGCGGUGUAAGAGCAACCUUGACCGCAUCUACGAGCAGUUCAGCAAAUGGUCUGAUGGAACGGAGGGAGAAAAGGGACUAGAAGUUCUGCAUGUCAGCGUGGAUGAUGGUAUGAGAGAAACAAUGGUUAGGUUGAAACCAUUGUUAGAUGCCGGCGCAAAGAAAGAGCAGCUACAAGCCGCGAUUACGUACGUCCAAGAGAACAAGUCCCUUUUUAGCCUGCCAAAACUCUUAAGAAGGCUUUUAGAUCAAAAGGAUUAUGCCAAUCUUCUGUUCGAGUACAACAAGGCUCUCAAAAUUCAAAACCGCUUCAAAGGUAGCCGUGACGGAAAUCCAGUUACCAUGAGGAUUUGGAGAGAAGUUGAUAAAAUAAUGGGCGAAUACAAGCGAGUUACUUGGGAUAAGCUUCUGGCCUCAGAUGCAACACAAUCUCCGGAAAAGUUUUUAUCACUGAUGUCGAGACUUCUCGAUCUGAAAGUCAGUGAAAACCCCAUUACCAGCUGGAUCAAUGCACGUCUCGACGUCUUUGAUACGUCACUAAGCCAGCUUAUGUCUCAGCUGUUACCGAAGAUAGUAGCCGCUCAGCAAAGAAUUUUGAGAGACGGCUCUGAGGAAGAUGUGGAUUUAACUUUCUAUCCGAAAAUCAAAAACCUGACCACCAGCUCUUCGAAUGCGGAAGGUAUUCAUACCUUUCAGUAUGCUCAAAUGAGCGAACUCGAUCUUCCCGAUACUCCUAUCGUCAUUGAAAUGUGGCUGCUAAUACUGAAACUUAUUAAUCGCCUAGUCGACUUUACGAAAAGCUUUUCCGAAUGCUGGGAGAGCAUUGAGAAAUUCUUGGAUGGCACAUAUCAGGCGUCUAUGGUUAAUGAUAAGCACAAAGAUAAUAUUUUGGGAACAGGCACACUCAUUGGUGCUGGACAUAGCGAUUAUUUCAAACUAGAAAGGGCCGAGUCCAGUGCCGUAAAAAUACGCGGCGAAAGCAUUGUAAAAAGAUUAUGCGAUGAUUUACUGAAGCUCUUUCAAUCUUCGCAAACCUCUCUUAGAGCCGACAAGCCGGCUGAGAAAGAGGUUGGCGAGCCAAAAAACUUCGGAUUUUUGCCUCCUAGAUCUAAUUGUUUGGCCUGCAUGCGUUAUUUACCUCGUAUCGUGGAGCCUAUUUUGAAGUUCACAACCGAAAUUGCUCAGCUCAAGAUAAGCCCUUCUUGUAUCGACUGUCUGAGGAAUCUUGACCUUAUCAUAAUUGAAAGGUCAGUAGGAGCCAUCUCGUCAACUAAGCAGAGAGAUUUGUCUCAGUUCCAUGCAAUGGACGAAUGGACAUUGAGAAAAGGAGACGAUGAAUUUUUCAAAUCCACACAGUUUCCUGAGAUGGUUUUGGCGCUUCAGAGGCUGAGUAUUAAGACUUUGAGAGACAUUUUGUUCUCUCAUGAGAAGUUUCCCAUUUUGAAUGGGGUAUGUAUCAUAAGCCAUCCAUCCCGAAAGCUUUUGACAGGUAUUGAACUGCAACAAAUUAUUUCGAUGGAAACGGUCUUGGAGUCCAUUUUAAAAGGAGCGGCAAGGAAUAAAGACAACCCCAGAACACCGGAGACUAUCAUGACUUUGGCCAAUCUUCGAUAUCUACGCGAAGAUGUCUUCCCAUCCGUUUUGAGAUAUUUUGACGACUGCUUCGACUGGCAGUUGAGCAAGAAAAAUUUGGAGCUCUUCACUUUACUGAACAAGAUGGAAUCUUCAAUCUUAGGGAAUUACUUAUCGGACCUGAAGGUGAGAUUGAGAGAUAUUUUGGAAAGAGAAUUCAAUGAAAUAGAUUGGACGGAACACAGCUCAAGUUCCUUUCGCGUCGCUGACUAUGUUAUUGAGGUUUUGAUGGAAAUUGUAAUCGUUCACCGCGAAACGUUUAGGAUCAGCCCACAAAUAAUGAAUAGGACCCUUGAAGAUAGCCAGAUCUUCAUAUCAAAGUAUUUGUUCGAAGCUUUCAAGCCAUACAUCGGUAAUAUUUCAUCAGAUGGAAUGCUCCAGGCUACUGUGGAUUUGCAAUUUCUUCAAAAAGUGUUUGGAAAUAUGCUUCAGAAGGACGCACAAGCGACCAUUUUGGCAUGCCUGCAAAACUGUUUUGAGGAAGACACAGCACGAAUGGAACGGUGUCUGAAAGAUACGGAGCCCAUAGUGAAAGCAAAUUUAAUCAAAACCCAUUUGCAAUUUGCCCCUUUGAAACUUGAGACGUCAAAAUAA